AUGCUAAAGAAAGCUUCCAUCCUUCGUGAGGCGGGGUACAACGUAAUGGAAAUGUGGGGCUGCGACUUCGCAAAACAGAAAGAAACACAUCCAGAGUUGGUGGAAUUCUUGGAAACUUUCCAUUACGUCCCGCCGCUUGAACCGCGAGACGCAUUCUUUGGAGGGCGAACGGGAGCCGCGACCCUUUACUCAAAAGUUGGUGAGGAUGAGGAAAUCAGUUAUGUGGAUUUCACAUCCCUGUACCCAAGUAUCAACAAGUAUGGAACGUAUCCUGUUGGUUUCCCGCAGAUCAUUUAUCAGCCCCAAAACCAGAAUAUUAGCGAGUACUUUGGCAUCGCGCAAGUUGAUAUCCUGGCUCCCGAGCGGUUGUACCACCCUGUUCUGCUGGUCAGAGCCGGCGGAAAACUUAGUUUUCCUUUCUGCAGGUCAUGCGUUCAACAAGAGUUAGCCAACCCUUUGCUAGAACGGAGCAAUAUGUGCGGUCACACACGCGAGGAACGUAUGCUGAAGGGAACCUGGUGUACUCCUGAACUCCAAAAAGCCGUGGAGAAAGGUUACCAGAUCCUAAAAAUCCACGAAGUCUGGCACUUUCCUGAAGAAAAUCGUCGCCAAGGCCUAUUUGCAGGCUACGUCAAUACCUGGCUAAAGCUGAAACAAGAGAAUGCUGGUUGGUCUGCCGGAGUUGAAACCCCAGAGCAGAAAGCCGAGUAUGUGAGACGGUAUGAACAACAUGAAGGAAUUAAGUUGGACCUGGACAAGAUAGCCGUGAAUCCUGGGAGGAAAAGUAUUGCAAAAUUACUUUUGAACAGGUGAGUCAUGCUUUUCCACACUUAAAAAUUAACUUGCAGUAAAAGUCUGCACAUGUUAAAGUUAACUUGCGGUGUUUUACCGCAAAUUUCAGGUCGCGAAAUGUUUGUGACUGUGCAAAUAGGAUUGCACGCUUGCAUUAAAAAAUAACAAGGAUUUGUAUGAGAAAUGUGCUUAAAAAGUCUGCACUUAAAAUUUAUUUGCAGUGUUUUACUGUAUUUUUCAAAUGGUGAAAUGAUUACUCCUGUGCAAACAGGGCUGCACGGUCGAAAAUCAAAAAUUAUAUUCUGCGGACUGUGCAGGAAACAAUAACAAAUGUCUAUUUUUUAAUUCUAUCUUUCAGUUUAUGGGGCAAAUUUGGUGAACGGCAGAACAAACCUGUAACACACUGCAUUACCCAGCCUUCGCAACUCUUCCAGCUGUUAGAAGACCCUGUCAAUGCCAUUCACAGUGUGCGAAUUUGCUCUGAGGACGUCAUGGAGUUGGUCGUCACAAAAAACGAAGACGAAUAUCAGCGCUCGUUCAAGCAAAACGUGUUUAUCGCGGCGUUCACCACUUCGCUCGCUCGUUUAAAGCUGUACGAUGCCCUUGAUUUUUCAGGUGACCGAGUCUUGUAUUACGAUACAGACUCGGUCAUUUAUAAAACCAAGCGGGGUCAAGAGAAGCUUCCUCCGGGAGAAUUUUUGGGACAGUUCACCGACGAGAUUGAAGGCGACGUGAUCGUCAAAUUUUGCAGUGGCGGGGCGAAAAACUAUGGCUACCUCACCAAGAAAGGUAAAACCGAAUGUAAAGUACGCGGGUUUUCGCUCAAUUAUGAGACAAAACAAGUCUUAAAUUAUCACACGAUGAAGGAAAACAUCCUGAAAGAAUUGGAUGAACCGCUGAAAAAAGCACGUAAAAUAGCGAUUACCAUUCCCGAUUACUUUCAACGGGACAAAGUCACCAAGAAAAUUAAACUGACGGAGCGUAAGAAACAGUAUCAGCUGGUGUUUGAUAAACGUGUGAUUGACCCUGCCACUCAUUCUUCCACGCCCUACGGCUAC